GUGUGUAGUUUUGCGCAAUAAAAAAAGUGAUGCGGGACCUGGCUAAUAAGAUGGCCGAACUCAAAUUCGAGGCACCAUUGGCACAGUUCGAGGAGAGUGAUGAGUGGGGCCCGGUUGAGUACCAAUCGUCGAAUGUCACCAGCAACGGUAAAACCGCGGCCGUCACCAUCAGCGACACCCUGAAUCUGAACAAUCUGAAAGAAUCGCUUCGUUCGCUCGAUGGUAACCAGCAGCAGCAGCAGCAACAUCUAAAAGAUGACGAUAUGAACGAGCUGAACGACAACCUGCUGCUCGGGGAUGAUACAGUGCGUGGUGGAAACGGUGGCGAUACGACCACCACUACCGCCAACAACAACAACAUUAAGGUUGGACCGAUCAAAGACAACAUAGAUUUUGCGGAAGCGUUUACCGGCAGUCUGGAGGAUUUGGUCAACACGUUCGAUGAGAAGAUUACGAAAUGUUUCGGCAAUUACGAGCAAUCUGUCGAAGAACUAGCCCCGGUGCAAGUUCGCUCGCAGGAGGAAAUCAUGAACGAAUGCCAGAUGUGGUGGACGAUUACGGGCAACUUUGGCAACAUUCUGCCAAUCGAUUGGUCGAAAACGUACGCCCGCCAGAUGCACGUACCGGCACUGAACCUUGGCAUGCGUAAACCCGGCACACCGGACGACGAUUUGCUGCAGGAUCUCAGCUCGGAAGACGAGGCGGUCGCAAACGAUCUUGACAUGCAUGCGCUCAUACUCGGUGGGUUGCACGCCGACAACGAACCGAUCAAAACGGCCGACGAGGUAAUCAAGGAGAUCGAUGACAUCAUGGACGAAACUGGUUCGGAAGAUGGGCAGCUUGAUAACGAGGUGAUUGAAAAGGCGAAGGAAGUGCUCAGUUCACCAUUAUACGAAGAGAAAUUGCGGUCCUUAUCGAUUACCCAGCUGAAUGAGCUGUACAUGGAGAUGGAGGUGCUGAUUCGUGAGUUCUCCGAGACGCUCAUCUCGGAGCUAGCGUUGCGCGAUGAACUGGAGUAUGAGAAGGAGCUGAAGAACACGUUCAUUUCGUUGCUGCUAGCCGUACAGAACCGUCGCCGUCAGUACCAUGUAGAAAAGAAGAAGGGAAAGGGAGGUGGCAAGGGUCCCACUGGUGCAGCAAACAGUACGGGUAUGGAUCCAAAGUAUCUCACCACGGUUAUACCCUACCAGCUGAACAGUACACCCGAUAAUCAAACACUGCAAGUGUUGAUCAAAAUACUGAAAGCGAUCAAUGAAGACAGCCCAACCGUUCCUACACUUUUGACGGAUUACAUCCUGAAGGUGCUAUGUCCGACGUAA